CAUCCCUACUUUUUAACACACACUCCCACUAAACAGCCAUCGUCAGCCAUAAACUGAGAAAAGGUGCCAAACAGCUGCACUUUUGAGAGUUAAUCCCUAAUAUACACCCUGGGAAAAUGUAUUGAUGUGAGGCUUUCUGUGCUCAGGGAUGUCCGACAGAUGCUCUUGAAACUAGUGGAGUUGAGAUCGAGUGACUGGGGCAGGGUCCGAGCGGCUGCAGCAGCCAGCAACGCCACGCCAGACAACGACCCCAACUACUUCAUGAAUGAACCCACAUUCUACACACAAGACGGGACUCCUUUCACAGCAGCAGACCCAGAUUAUGGUGAGAAAUACCAAGAGAUCCUGGACAGGCAGGAGUAUUUCAAUGACACUGACGGAGAAAAUGGAAGCGAAUCCGAGUUGUAA